AUGGCUUCCAAGGCUCUUGCAAUCAUCGCCGGCGUUGGGCCUGGCACUGGUGCAUCUAUUGCCAGACGUUUCGCCCAGACGUAUUCCGUUGUGCUUCUCUCACGGAAUCCGGAUAACUAUGAACCUAUUGUCAAGGAAAUCAACGCUGGCGGCGGCAAGGCCAUUGGUAUCAGUGCGGAUGUGUCCGAUGCGAAUAGCGUCAAGGCUGCCUUUGCGCAGAUCGAGAAAGAAUUCCCCGGAACCGCGGCUGGGGCAGCAGUCUUCAAUCCCUCUGGCGGUUUUGUUAAGAAACCCUUCCUAGAGUUAACCGAUGAGCAGUUCUCGACAGCCAUCGAUUCGCAGGCUAAGGGUGGUUUCUACUUUGCUAAGCACACCCUGCCUCUCCUUCUCAAGGGCAAGGGCCAAACACCCCAUCCCCCGACCUUGAUCUUUACUGGCGCGACGGCUAGUGUGAAAGGAUCAGCCCAGUUCUCGCCAUUUGCAGCUGGGAAAUUUGCUUUGAGAGCGCUUGCGCAAUCGCUCGCUAGGGAGUUUGGCCCUCAGGGUGUUCAUGUAUCCCAUGCUAUCAUCGAUGGAGUUAUUGAUAUCCCACGCACCAAGGGUUACGUCUUUCCCCAUGAAGAUGCAAAGCUGAGCCCUGAUGCGAUUGCGGAUUCCUACUGGUAUUUGCAUACUCAACCACGGACUACAUUCGCGUUCGAGUUGGACCUGAGGCCUUACAUUGAGAAGUGGUAG